GCAGCAACAUGGAAGGAACUGGAGAUCAUUAUGCUAAGUGAGACAAGCCAGCACAGAAAGAUAAGUAUUAUAAAGUUCACUCAUAUGCCAAAUAUAAAAUAGUUUAUUUCACAGAAGUUAAGAGUAGAAGCUGGACAUUAUGGCAUACCCCUGUAAUCCUAGCACUCUGGGACGAUGAGGUAUCAGAAUAACAAGUGCAAGCCUGGCCUGGGCAACUUGGUUACUUAGGGAGAUACUGUCUCAAAAUAAAAAGUGAAAAAAAGGGUGGGGAUAUAAGUCAAUGCAAAGGUUAUAGUUCAGUGUAAAGGUCCUGGGUUCAAUCUCCAGUACCAAAGGUGGGGGUGAGACUAGAAUGGUGGUUACCCAAACCAGUGGAGAGGAGGGAGGCAAGAAGGAUGGGAGCGCGUUGAUCAGUGGUUACUAGGAUAGGAGUAAGAAGUUCCGAUGUGCUAUUGCAUAAUAGCAUGACUACAGAUAACAGUAAUGUACUAUGUAUUUGAGAAAACCAGAAGAAAGGAUUUUGAAUAUUUUCACUAAAGAAAUAAAUACUGAGGAGACGUGCUGUGUUUUACCUUAUGUAAACAUAACACCACAUGUAAUUGUAUCCGGACAUCACAAUACUUUACAAAUACGCACCGUUUUUAUAUCUUUGUCAAUUCAAAUUUAAAUUUAAAAAUAUUGUAAUGUGCUUGCCACAGUAGUGUCUGCUUCCAAUUCAGGAUGUUACAUAGCAACUCUGGUUGGAUUUGGAUAACAUUUUUGCCACUAUUAAUUGGAAAUUAUACCAGGGGCAUUAACUUGGUAAUCUCGUAAAUUCUAAUGUCUGAUGAAUAAUUGUUUGACAGAGCAUGAACGUAAACUGUCUUUUCUUCUGGUUGAUGGGAGCACUUUUCACCUAGUUGCCCAAGCUAGAAACCUGGAGUCAUAUUGGAGUCUUUCUGUUUCCUCACCUCCCGCAUCUCACGGGGUCACUAAUCCCUUGGGAUCCUGCUACCUGUGCAUCAUUUCUUGCUUCUAUCACCUCCUCUUCACUUUCUCAAUUCCUUCCUUCACUCAGACCCUUGCCAUCUCUUAGCUCUGAAGCAUCGCACAUACAUUUACCACACUAUUGCAUUAUGAGAUAAUCUUUAGUAAUAAUAACAAUAUCUAACGUUUGUUGAUUUCUUAUUAAGUGCAAGGUGCUGUUCUAAGCUCUUUGCAUUUAUUAACUAAUCCUGUCUUCACAACCUUACUAUGAGAUGGAUCCUGUUAGCAUCUCCAUCCAGUACGUGUAGAAAUGGAGAUGGUUGUGCCGCUAAAAUAUGAUGCAGACAGCUUUGUGUUUAUAUCUCCACUCAGCUAAGAACUAGGACACAAACUUUCCACAGCUCUGAGUUCAAGAUCUAGAUUAGAGUAGAUGCUUAUUCAAUUAAACUGGACUGCCAGUGUCUUUUUCCAACUAGUCUGCCUGAUUUUAGACUUACUUCAACCAGUACUAAGAACUGGAGAGUGUAGGAGACAUCCCUGCCCGAUACUAGUGGGCUAUGAGUGGUGCGUGCUUCUUGCCUUCCAUAAUUUGGCUAUGUUGUUUAUAUCAAGAGUCAGACUGAAGCCCCACGUGACUCAAACGGGCAUGUCAGUUGGCAGAGUUGGGCUAAAAUUGCUCCUUUGCUAAUGGCUGUCACAGAGGCCUAAGUCCUGGUCUGUGAAGUGCCAGGACUCUGCUGAGUUAUGAGCAGCUGAGGUCAGCAUGGCCCCAGCUAAAAUCCUUUACCCUGAACAGUAGCUUGUCACUGACCUUGUGAGUUGCUUGCUAAUUGCUGCUGGUCCCAGUACUGGUUUCUUCCAUCCUAGCAAGAUAAGCCGUGCCGAUUCCCCGAUAGCCCUGCCUGGUGCCAUCAUUCCAGGUAUUCGGCAGUAUUUCACUAGAUGCAAAAAAAAAAAAAGCAUACCUGGCUCCCUAUUCCUUCCCACAAUUGUAAUCAAUAAAUUCUAGAUGUGCUGGGAGGCCUUUGUCUUUGUGGCCAUCAGCCAGCACUGACCAGGACCCAAGACUCAGCUUCUCCACUCUUAAGUCUUGUUUUUGUCUGUUCUUAAAUUCGCCUUGUGCUGUGGUGGUUCACAGGCCAGGAUCCAAGGCAGCAGUCCUGAUAAUGUCCUCUUCCCUGCUCCCUAUAGGAGAGGAUGCCCUUUUAAAUAACAAAUUUGUCAUGACAUAGCCCUGCUUAAAAUUCUUUAGUAACUUCCCAUUGCCCAUAAAGUAGAGCUCAACUUCCUUAGCACAGCAUAGAUGGCCACAAUAAAUGUGAAAAAGACACUGGCCCCAAAAUCUCAACUAAUGCAGGACUUUGUAGCCUGACGUAACUGGCUACUUUUCCUGGAGGAACAAUUAUCACUCUUGGUUACAUACAUGAACAAUUUUCUAAAUGACUAAUGGACUUAAGAUCUAUCCUCAGAAACCAACUCAACUGAUUAUUGGUCUUUUUUUUUUUCUUUUUUUAAGAUACUGUAUAGUCCAAGCCAGCCUUGAAGUCACUGUUAAGCAUAGGUUGGCUGCUAACUCGUGAUCCUCUUGCCUCCGACUCCUGAAUUUUGGAAUUGGUUCCACAGGUGAUUGGAAAAACCCAAGAGUUGGUCCUCUAUUCCAAACCACAAGCUGACACAAACCUACAAGCCAAGGGAACCAGUAUUUGGCCAUUCUUCCAUCCAUCUGCAUGUCCCAGGGAUGCACGAACAGGGAACAGUUCAGACUUUCAGCUGCCUUUGAAGAAGCAACAAGAGAAGAAAAUCUGGAUGAACCAACAAAUACAAGGCUUGCUAGAAAGCAGCACCCGGCUAAAGCCCCAUGAAGCACAGAACUACAGAAAGAAGGCAUUGUGGGUGUCUUGGUUCUCCAUUAUUGUCACACUGGCCCUUGCCGUGGCUGCCUUCACUGUCUCCGUUAUGAGGUACAGCGCCUCUGCUUUUGGGUUUGCAUUUGAUGCCAUCUUGGAUGUCUUGUCAUCGGCGAUUGUCCUGUGGCGUUACAGCAAUGCUGCUGCUGUACACUCUGCCCAUAGAGAAUACAUAGCCUGUGUCAUCCUGGGGGUGAUAUUCCUUCUGUCAUCCAUUUGUAUAGUGGUCAAAGCUAUCCACGAUCUCUCAACCAGGCUGCUCCCAGAAGUGGAUGAUUUCCUGUUCAGCGUUUCCAUCUUAAGUGGGAUCCUUUGCAGCAUCCUGGCUGUGCUGAAGUUUAUGCUGGGGAAGGUUCUGACCAGCAGAGCACUCAUAACAGAUGGCUUUAAUUCCCUCGUGGGUGGCGUGAUGGGCUUCUCCAUUCUUCUAAGUGCGGAAGUGUUCAAGCACAACGCAGCAGUCUGGUACCUGGAUGGCAGCAUCGGGGUGCUGAUUGGCCUUACCAUAUUUGCCUACGGGGUCAAGCUCCUCAUCGACAUGGUGCCAAGGGUAAGGCAGACCCGACACUACGAGAUGUUUGAGUGAAGGUGGCCAGAGGGGCCAGCAUGGGCCCCACAUGCAUGAAGAUUGUCAAGGUGACCAGAGGUUCCCAUGUAGGUGGACGGUGCCAACAUUUAACUGAACAUCGUUUGUUUUUUGGAAGUUUUCUUUCAUACAGUUUGUCCUCACGAGCCAAGGUCUGCCCAGGGGUGGAUCUGCCUCAUGCCCUCACACCGUGGCCCCGACAGUGCCCAGAGGAGGGGACCCGCUUCCCCACCUGGAGCCGGAACUGAUGUUUUCUAUAUUCUGGAGUGAAACAGUUCUUGUGGGUAGAAUAAGAGCCCACUCGUGGUUCUCUAAGCCUGAAACAGAUGGUGACUGACCAGGUCCACCUCCUCAGUAGUGUGUGUGGCCCCGGCCACCACCUAGUUCCAGUCUCUCCUGGAAUAUUUUAAGGGAAGACUGUGCCCUUUUGUUCCUCAUCCCCAUACACACCCACCACCACCAUCAGUGUAUCCUUCUUGAUUUCUAUUAGUGAACUUCAUUAGUUUCAUACUGUUUUACUAAUGCUAAGUCUAAACAGAUUUGUUCACAAGGAAACCAUUCUAUUUUUUAAAGUACUUAGUGAGCUUUGCAUGGACGAGCUAAAUAAGCACAUAAUCCUUUCUCGUAUGUUCAGAACCUGCACAUCCAUGUAAAAACAGGAUCCAUUUUUGAAAGAUGUGAAACUACAGUUUAUUUGUAAUAAAUAAUGAUAUAACCUGUAUACGCAUAUAUCUAUAUGCUGUGUUAAGUGGUAACGGUGCGGUACAGUCUGUGAGAUGGUUUUCUCCUCUGUAAGGAAUGACACAUUCUCAGCUGAUGUAACGUUAGGUGUAGAUUCCCUAGACCUGUCCCCUGCCCUGCAACAUUCUGUACCUCUCACAGUGCUGCCUGCCCAGGCAGCAGUGUCUGGACAAUAAAGACCUUUACCUGUUUU